UCGGCUCCCCACCCUGAAGACAAGCGGAGCCUCAAAAUACACACAGAAGGCCACUUGGAGUGAUCGAACAUUUGACAAGCUUUUAAUAAGACUUCGACCGGGGUGAAGUGCGACCUGAACUCACGCCGACACUUAAAAGUUCACUCAAUUUCAACCCAAAACAGCGCUGUGAAGGUAUAGUGCACAGACAGACGCUGCACACACUGUAAAUGGGUGAAUGCGUGCUCCCGAAAUUUUCCCAACCGUCUGCCGAAUGCUGCCACGAAAUCCUCCGGUCGUGACACUGUUACGCACAAGGAGUGGAAGCCGUGUUCCGUCCGAUAACGCAAGGUAGGCAUGGAAGCAAAGGAGUCCAAGGAGUCGGAGCCCGAAGUCCACAGCGCUGAGCAGACAGAAUCUCUCUCAUUAAUAAUAAGCGCUGAGGAAGGGGAGGCGACAGCGCAGCGGGGCGCCUUGGGAGACCUUUCGGCAGGUGAUAAUGAUAUGACCAACGGUCACAUAGGGGAUGACAGCCAAUCCGGUCUGAUUGCAUCUGUGUGCUCUCCUGGCACGAGCUACUGGAGUGUCUCGGAGAGCCCCAACUCCCCUUUCCUGCUGUCCCCCAUCCCGGGGCCGUCCGGACACAAGCCAGCUCCGACCAAACCUGCACGGGCUUCGCGGCCUGGCCACAGCCGUAUACCUGGACGGGACCACCGCCGCUACUACCACGAAUACUGGCGGAGCGAGUACCUGAUGGACUUCGAUCCGAGGAGGCACGGCAUGAUCUGCAUGGUGUGUGGGAGCUCGCUGGCCACGCUCAAGCUCAGCACCAUCAAACGCCACAUCCGGCAGAAGCAUCCCGACUCGCUGCUCUGGAGCGUGUCCGACAAGGAGGUGAUCCGCUCUGGCUGGGAGAGCCACCUCAACAUGGAGAGCAGUCAGAGGCCUUUUUGCUCCGAGCCGGCCGUCGCCUCCAAGCCGGAGGAGACGCUGAGCUGCGCAAAGCUGCAUUCGGCAGGUGUGCCUCCCCCUGCAGGUGAGCCUUGCAGUGGUGCGACACCGAAGCGCCAGCUCCAGUCCCGGGCUAGCCAGGUGAGCUCCUCUCCGCCAUCCCCGGAGCGAAGGGGCCCGUCGGCACAGAUGCUGGAGCGUUACUUGAACGACUCAUUGCACGCCUGGUUCCGCCAGGAGUUCCUGAUGGAGUACCAGGUGGAGGCGGGUCGCCUUGUGUGCAUGGUAUGCGGCCGUCCGCUGCCCUCUCUGCACCUGGACCACAUCAAGAGCCACGUGCUGGAGCUUCACCCCGACUCACUGGUGUACAGUGCUGAGGAGAAACACUGUGUGCUGCAGACGUGGGCGCAGAUGCAUGAUUCAGAUUCUACAAGAGACUUUUUCAAAUCAGAGCCAGACACCAAAGAUCUGACCGAGAACAACUCAGUCCAGUUCUUCCCCUCAGAGACACAGCCUCUCCAGGACGGCUUAGAGCCGUACAUGGCGGGGGAAGGGGAGCCAUCAGGUGCGAGGAGGAAGCCGAACGCCAUGCCACGACCCCUUCCCCGCCAGAAACUGAGGAACGGGUGCCCCUGGCGCUUGCGGCUGGACUACCUAGUGGCACUCGGGCCCCCCGGCAGGCCGGGCUGCUACUGCAUGGUGUGCUCGGAGCAGCUGCCGCUGGCCAGAGUCAGCAGCUUCCGGAGGCACAUCCAGGAACGCCACCCGGAGACCAGCGGCCUCAGCCGCAGAGAGAGGGAAGACAUAGCCAGCGCGUGGACAGAGGAAGGGGUCGGGGGGGAGCCAGCCAUGCAGACAGAACAGACCCUCCCCAGCGACAACGCCCCUGAUCCCGCCGAUGGACAGGCAACGUCGGCUCAACCUGCCGGGCCGAGCGCCUCCGAAGCAGAGGAUAGCGUGGGACCCAAAGUCCUGUCUGCCCCGGGUCGCCACGGCCACUACCCCGGAAAGGACCAGAGGCGUAACUACCAGGUUCGCUGGCGGAUGGAGUACCUCAUGGACUACGACUGCAGGAGGCACGGCCUGAUCUGCAUGGUGUGCGGCGCCACGCUGGCCACGCUGAAGGUGAGCACCAUCAAGCGCCAUAUCCAGCAAGUGCACCCGCGCUCGCUGGACUACAGCGCUGAGGAGAAGCAGAGCGCCCUGCACAGCUACAACCAGACCGCCCUGCACUUCGUCCACUCCGACGACUGCUUCUCAGCCGCGGAGCAUGGCGCCGGAGCCCAGGUCGGGCAGGCCAGCUGUUACAGCACUUGACAGAAGGCGGGGACGUGGAGUGUUUUCUUUCGCUCAGGAAGUUGAUCGCUGGAAGAAGCCAAAAAAUGAAAAGAUCUCCAUAGCUUUUUUUGUUUUUGUUCUCGGGAAUGUAUGUUUAAAAAAAACUAUAAACUUACUGUGCACUUUUUGUUUCCUCUAACAGUUUUCUGUAAAAGGGGUCAUUUGACAGCAGUAAUUAAGUUGUGAGCACCUGUUAAAACAGGCAGUCCUUGCUGUGCUGGCAUAGAGAAUUUGAGUUGGGGAGUUUUUUAAAGCGCUUCCUACACAAGAAAAAUUUAGUCACGGGACUAAAUCGAGAGGUUUUUUUUUUCCUAAGCACCUUUUUAUGCAUCAUAGUUUGUACAGUUGUUGCUGCAGAUUACGUGGGUUAAAGCGCUAGAGCGAUCGUUUUACAUGGGGUCAGCACUGUCUGUGGGUGGCACAUUCUGCACUUAAGAAAACACUGCGCUCAGAUGCCACGGGGACCAUCGCAAAGCAUGGACAUCUAGAGUGGCACCUUAUAAGACACGUACUGUGUGCAGUUCCUUUGAUUUCAGACUUUUUCCAUUCCGAUGUACCACAUAAUUAAUACCAUUAAUCAACAAAGAAACUGCAAAUAUGGAAAGGUUAUUUCUUGAGUUGGUAUGCGGUUUUCAAAAGACUGAAGGUCUUAAUUACUUUAACAGAAUGGGUCUGGGGAAAAUGCAGUUUACACAUUUUUCAUUUAUCAGAUUUAGUCAGUUAGCCAAGAUAGGGUUGAUGUCCAGGUUUGGCAUUGGAGCUAUAGGGCCAACAUAGUUUACGAACACCGGAAGCUUAUGACAACCAAAUAUGUGUGGAAAUCAGUGAUCACUGCAAUUCUUUCAAACUGCGUCAA